AGAAUGGGCUACUGGAAUGGGCUCGAGAUACGUAAAGAAGGUAGAAUCGAUUUCUGUCCAGUAGCGUUCAUUCACCGGCGAUUAGGCUAAGGUGGAAGAUCGGUUGGUUGUCAUUCUUUGGUGUACUCUUGACACGAUUCCUAAGGGUACAGUGAAGAAGGGAAAGGUUUUGGCUUGUUCCGCCGAUUUAAAAUAGAGAUCGGGCAAGAUCGGGGAGAAAACAAUCAGUUUCUUUCUUUUGAUUUCGAAGGAAGACCGAAAUAAGAGAAUCUCGUCGGGGUUUAAGUGAGAAGACAUCGGGAGAAAAUUCUCUUGGUGGAAAUCGUCGAAUUCGCUUAAGCGAUAAAGACGGCGAUCAGAUACCACCGAGUAUUCACCAAUGAGCGUGGCGUGCAGCCUUUACGGCAGAAGACAAAACCGUGGUACACGUACGGGAAAGCGACAGUGCAUCAUCGUAACUGCCUGCAGGACCCCCCAAACAAAGUCCUUCGUCGUAACCUCCGCACCACCGAAACUGACGAGGACGCUUUGCGAUUUGAACAAGUCUCGAUUGACCACGAACGAUCAUGGGACUCGAUUUCUUGGCAGACGGAGGUGCCGACUUCGAGCAUGCAAUCACCGUAACAGGAUUUGGAAAGUUUCACUACAUGUUACUGGCGAUAUGCGGGCUAAUUUACAUGGAUACAGCCAUCGGCGUUACAAUACUCUCUUUCGUUUUACCGGCUGCACAAUGCGACCUGGAAAUGGAUUCCACUGCAAAAGGAUGGCUAACGGCAUCUCCAAUGUUGGGUAUGGUGGUUGGGUCAUAUAUAUGGGGAUGCCUGGCUGAUACCAAAGGUAGAAAAGUAGUACUGAUAGCUACCUUAUUAAUGGACGGCAUAGUCGGCGUCAUUUCGUCGUUCGUCCAAUAUUAUUGGGUCUUUCUAGUCUUCCGGUUUUUCAAUGGAUUCGCGGUGACUGGUGCGAUGGGAAUUUGUUUCCCAUAUUUAGGUGAAUUUCAACCGACCAAAUAUCGCGAAAGGUGCCUUUGUUGGAUGGAAAUGUUCUGGACGGUCGGUGUAAUAUUAUUACCUCUAAUCGCUUGGUUAAUCGUACCGUUGGAUCUCAGGUACGAAUCAGAAAUGUUUCACUUCAAAUCUUGGAAUCUCUUCGUGGCACUUUGUGCCUUACCUUCAAUUGUCUUGGGACUUUGGCUCUUCGCUUUUCCAGAGAGUCCAAAGUUCUUGCUUGAGUGCGGCGAAGCCGACGCUGCCUUGGAAGUAUUCAAGUGGAUCUAUGCUCAAAAUACUGGUCAAGAUCCUGAGACAUACCCAGUUAAGUGCUUACAAGAAAAGACUAACAAUAAGGACAAGAGCACGAGGUCGUUGAAACUACAUAAGAAAAAAGAUCUGAAAGUUCUUUUUUCGGAGGUUUGGGAAUUAACGAUGUCUCUUUACAAACCUCCUUAUCUUCGUAAUACGUUACUUGCUUGCGCUAUUCAAUUCGGUCUUACUAGCAGUUACUACACUCUUAUGGUUUGGUUCCCUGAGUUAUUUACUAGAUUCGAAGAAUUCGAGCAUGAUAAUCCUGGCAAGACCACGUCCGUUUGUAUAGUAUCAGCGCUUUCAGACAAUGCAACCAAUUUGGAUCCUUAUGGAUGCGAAACAACGAUCGGUGUAAACGUUUAUCUGCAUACCGUUUAUAUUGGUCUCGCCUGCAUACCCGGUUCCAUCAUAUUACCGAUUUUUGUACAUAAACUAGGAGCGAAAUUUUUUCUAAUCUUAUCGCUGCUAGUCUCCGGUGCAGUAACCGUAGGUUUUUAUUUCGUCAUAAACUCCACUCAGAACCUAAUACUAUCAUGCAUCUUUGAAGCUUUAACGUCGCUCGGCAUCUCUUUAGUUUAUUGCAUAAUCGUCGACAUGUUUCCGACGAAUCUCAGGGUAAUGGCAGCAGCCUUAUCUCUAACGAUGGGUCGAUUAGGCGCUUUGGUUGGAAAUUUAAUAUUCGGUUAUUUAAUUGAUUUAGCUUGCAUCGUUCCUAUAGUGAUAUUCGCCGCAUUUUUGUUUCUAUGCGGCUUUUUGUCAUUUAUACUUCCACGAACGGGAAAAGAAACUCUCGAUUAAACAAUGGGAAAACUUAAUUGCACGACGAAACGUGACUUCGUGUCUCUUUAAGGAAGUAAACAUACAUAUAGAUGCAACGAAUUGGAUUGGCCAAAAUGAAAGAAGAAAAAAUAUUUAUAUCCGCAUUAUUAUAUGAUUAUUGUAACGACUGUAUAUAUUCGCAAAGCACUUCGAAUUAUACACGGAACUUAUAUAAGCGUGUAUAUAUGAUAUGCGUAUAAUGUACACAUACACACACACACACACAGCGAUGAGAAAUGUCCAUUGACAAUUGUAAUUCCAUUCGUACGUUUCGUAUUACAAUGAGUCACGUAUUCGUUUCAUCUCGCACGAUUCUUCCUAAUGUAUCUUAAAAAGACGAUAUCAAUUGAGAGAACAAUGAUAUUCAGAUGUAAGACGUUGAUUGAUUCGUGUCCUAUGCUAAAAAAAAAAUGAAAGCACUUUUAUCAUCGAUCAUGACGUACAUACAUAUUUAUUCAUAAUUUCAUCUAAAAGUAAGUCAUUUUUAUCCGGUUCUAUUAAUUACUUUCAUUCUAAUUAUAAUAACGCAUAAAUACACACACACAGACAUAUACUCAUAUACAUAUACACAUAUACUAUGCGUAUUUAUUAUACCAUUAUUAAUAUUAUAAUCGUAAGGAUUAACGAGUAGGAAUAGUACUACCUGUACAGACAUAUUCAUGGUACGAAAUUCUGUGACUUCAACAAAGAUUUCAUGUUUCGUCUAAUUAA